AAUGGUCGUUGUAACAUCAGUGAAAAGCAGAAGCGCGACGGAUGUGGGUAGCAUCUCAACACAAAUAGUGACAGCUGGCGCACCAAGGGUGCAGCUAAAUCUGAAAGGCCCAUUGAGCCUAAAACUAUGAAUCCCGAGGAGCAGGCUGUUACGUGGCUAAUAACAUUAGGCGUGCUUAAUUCACCCAAAAAGAAUAUCGCUGAUCCGGAGGAAUUUCUGAAAACAUCUCUCAGAGAUGGGGUCGUCCUGUGUAAGCUUAUGGAGCGAGUGCUACCUGGAGCCAUCUUAAAGUAUUCAACUGAACCCAGAUGCGAAGCGGACUGCAUUGCAAACAUUCGAGAGUUUCUAAAAGGAUGCCAGUCUCUAAAGGUUGAGGGCUUUGAUCCAGAAAGUUUAUAUACUGGCGAGAACUUCAGCAAGGUUCUGUCGACACUCUCAGCAGUGAACAUCGCCACUCAAGAUACCCCUAAAAGAUCAUGUUCCCAGUCCAGUGGCUCUGCUCCUAGCCUGUCAGCCCCUUCACAAGCUGUUCCCAACCUAAAGUCCAGCAGGUCUUUACGGAGGCAGUCAAAAGCUUUGGAAAUGUCAGAGAAUGGAGGUGGCGGGCAGCUGGUGGUCAAGGCACGCUUUAAUUUCAAGCAGAACAAUGAGGACGAGCUGUCUUUCAACAAGGGCGAGUUGAUCCAUGUCACACGCCAGGAGGAUGGUGGAUGGUGGGAGGGAACCCUUAACGGCAAAACCGGCUGGUUCCCUAGCAAUUACGUCCGGGAGGUCAAGCCAUGUGAGAAGCCGAUUUCUCCGAAAGCGGUAAAAGGACCUGACGUUCCUCAGUUGACUAAAAAUUAUUACAGUGUGGUGGUGCAAGACAUCUUGGAGCAUGAGAGAGAGUUUGUUAAGGAACUGCAGACGGUUCUGGGCUGCUACCUGCGCCCUCUGCAGACCAGCGACAAGCUGUCUAGUGCGGACUGCUCCAGUCUGAACGGGAAUUUAGAGGACAUCCUCUCGUUCCAACAGGGACUGUGUCUUGCCUUAGAGGAGUGCUCCAAGAUGCCAGAGGGCCAGCAGCGGAUUGGCGGCUGUUACCUGAACCUGAUGUGUCAGAUCAGAACACUGUACUUGUCCUACUGCUCCAGCCAUCCGUCUGCAGUCUGUGUGCUGACCGAUCACAGUGAGGAGCUGGACAAGUUCAUGGAGAGUCAGGGCGCCAGUGCUCCAGGUAUCCUGACCCUCACCACCAGCCUGAGCAGACCCUUCAUGAGGCUCGACAAAUACCCCAUCCUGCUGCAGGAGCUUGAGCGACAUGUGGAGGACGCGCAUCCAGAUUACAGUGACAUUCUCAAAGCGACUGUUGCUUUUAAAAACCUUGUGACUCAGUGUCAAGAUCUGCGUAAAAGAAAGAACCUGGAGUUGCAGAUCUUGUCGGAGCCGGUGCGGGGCUGGGAGGGCGACAGCAUGAAGUCACUGGGUCAGGUGGUCUACAUGUCACAGGUCCAUAUGCAGAGCAGCUCAAAUGAGGAAAAGGAAGAGCGAUACUUCAUGCUGUUUCCUAAUGUGGUAGUCAUGCUGUCUGCCAGCCCCAGAAUGAGUGGCUUCAUUUACCAGGGACGUCUUCCACUGACUGGAACCACUGUAACCAGACAGCCAGAGGAUGCAGAGACAGGCCAUUAUGCUUUUGAGAUCACAGGAGGGACAAUAGAUCGCACCAUGGUGUUCUGCAGUAGUGCACAGGAGCAGCUGGAGUGGUUAGAGCAUCUUCAUGCUUACAGCAAGGAAGGAAGUCCAGUCGGAACAAUAUUGAAGAGUGUUGAGGGUAAACCUACAGCCAUGGCUGGCACGUCGUCCCACCACUUGCACAGUUUCGGUUCUGGUGUGGCUAACCGAGGACCUUUCGAACCCCCUAAACUCACCAAGCCAUGGUCCUUAAGCUGUCUCAGACCAGCGCCGCCCCUCAAGCCCUCCGCUGCGCUAGGUUAUAAAGAGAGGAUGUCUUAUAUCCUGAAGGACACUAGUAAAAGCCCAAAACCCAGAGCCAAGUUCCUCCCAAAGAGAAAAACGGAGAGAAAACAAUCAGACGAUGAGAUCAUGCUCAGAAAAAGCACAGCAGCUCUGGAGGAGGAUGCACAGAUACUCAAAGUGAUUGAGGCCUACUGCACCGGAGCCAGUCUCCUCCAGUCCACCACAGCUGUUCGUAAGGAGUGCAUCCCCCAGGUCCUGCUGCCAGAUGAAGAGAAGAUUAUUGUUGAGGAGAUCAAGAGCAAUGGCCAGACCAUCAUUGAGGAAAAAAGUCUUGUUGAUGCUGUUUAUGCUCUAAAAGAUGAAGUCCAUGAAUUAAAAAAGGAGAAUAAAUGGAUGAAGCAAUGUCUGGAAGAGGAACAGAAGUCCCGUAAGGAGCUAGAGCGUAUAGUCAGAAAGUUGGCCAAGCAAAAGAAUGACACUUCCUGGGAUGAAGGAGGUCACUAAAGAACACUCUGGACACUCGCCUGUUUCCCUUCGCCAGCCGCAUGUAUGUGUUUCCGCGUCUGUGUGUCCUCACCAGUGUGUUUUUAUGUGUUUUCUCCAUCACAUUACACACUGAACGUUGCUUUUGAAAAGUCACCGUGCUGGGGAUUUUCAGCCAUUUCUCGUCAGAUGUUUUUUAAGGACAAGAGGCGAUAAGAAGAUCAACUCUGUGAUUAGUGACUGUGUUUAUCUUGCCAUACUGAAGAAUAUCACUGUGCGGUUUGCUUCACACUCCUGUGAUGUGACAUUCUAGAACAAACCGGCAACUGUUUCCGGAAAACCAAGUGAACUGCAUCUUAAGUAUCUUGUGAUUUGGAAAACUUCAGAUAACCGUUUAAGAGUCCAGUCCAUUUUUUGUUCCGGUUCACUCCGCUCCAAUCCAACAAGAAUCAUCACAGAAAAGACGGUGGAAUCUCUCGGUUUUGAAAUGAACAAAUAUCUGCCUCACUUUAUGACUGUUACUGGUCACGGACAAAAGAAAUCCGAUGACAUUCAGCCCAUGAACAGCAUUCCGACUCAAGCCGCUAUUGCACAAGUGAAAAUAUUCUGUUUAUGGCAUAAGAGAAGAUACUUGUCAUAGGAUUCCAACAAGUAUUGCUCUUUUUAGACCUAUUUCUGCUUUUAUAAUGUGAAAACUGUUGCUUUUAGGUAACAAAUGAACAAGAUUGAGAUUUGUGGUUUGCACCUGAUUGAAACGAGAUGCCCUACUUCUUGAAAUGAGUUUGGUUUUUCCUUUUAGUUUGAAGGCUUUGAAUUAAAUGCCUGUAAUGCGUCAUUGGACUGUAGGUUUAGAUUCAGUUUAUUCCAAAUAUGUGUUACCCGGACAGUCGCUCGCAUCAGUAUGGGUACACAGUAUUUCCAAAACAGCCAUUAUAAUACUACAUAAUCACGCUUUUGAUAAUCAUCACUAGUUUGAAGCUGUCAGGGAUAUCGUUGUCAGAAAUAGUUAGGUUUAUGAUACUAUACUAAUAGGAUACAUCAUAUAAUGUAUGUAUGUCAUAUAUACAGUAUAAAUAUGUAUAUAUCAGAUAUUAUGGAGAAAGGAAUCUUUUUUUAAUGAUAACAAAAAUACAGUAGGAACUUCAUCCUCCUUUUUCAGAGGCUUGAAACUAUUUCAUAUGCUUCUUAAACCAAAAACAAUGCAGUAUGUUUGCGGAUUUGGUGCUAGGAGCCCUUUUAGGACUCAAAAAACAAGUGUGCGUAGAAGCAUACGGUACUUAAGGCACUGUUUUUGUCCUCACUUACCAUAUCUUGGAGGCUCAUAUUAGAGUGACGAACAAAUGUGGUUAGAACGCAAACUGCUCCCCAUCAGCAAUAGACCUUAGGGUUACAGCAUAUUUAAUUUUUGACUGGAAUGAAAUGGAGGCUGUGAUGGAUAGUGCAUUUAGUGAAUUGUGCUGUUGUUUAAUAGCAUGAGUUUAAAAAAGUAUGUGAUUUGGACAACUUUAAAGGUGAUUUUCUCAAUAUUUCAAAAAUUUUUUUUUUUUUUUUGCACCCUCAGAUUCCAGAUUUUCAAAUAGUUGUAUCUCGGCCCUAUCCUUACAAACCACACAUCAACGGAAAGCUUAUGUAUUCAGCUUUCAGAUGAUGUUUACAUCUCAGAAGAGUUAAGCUUUAUGUAGUGGAUGCCAUGGUAAAGACGGUACAUCUAUCUCUCACAGACUUGUUUUCAUCCACAUUGAAUUGCAUAUGGCAUCUAAUCUGGUUUAUAGUGGAGGUGCAUUUUCUUACUCAUUUGUAUUCUGCCAUAGUUGUGGGUGGUACCCAUGGUACAUAUUUGUUUUCCUGAACUCUUGGCAUUUUAACAGUAACUGGUUAACCGUGACUAAUCUGUCAUUCGCUAGAGAUCUUAAGCAGCGAAGAAAUGCAGGCAAGAGCUGUAAAGAUGAGCAAAACUUGGGUGGGGAGUUUUUUUUUUUUGUUGUUUUUUUGUUUUUUGUUUUUUUUUUAAACCCACCAGCGGUCACCUCCGGAGCAUUGCUGUGGCAAUUCAAUGCAAUAUGCGACUGGUUUGUUGUUACAAUCGCUGUACAAGAGCCAGAUUUUCUCUUGGAAGGAGUAUACUGUAUAAUAUAUUCUUCCGAUUAGGCAAUAAUUUGUGCUUUGAGGUGCACAAACAAAAUGCUGUUACUGUGGUACUUUGUGUAAAUCUGUUUCCUGUUUGUGUGCGUGUUUGUUUUUCCAGCAAUUAACCUUGCAUGCCAUGCGGUACACAUAGCCUUAAAUAUUAUUUUAAAGUGUUAAUCCUGAUUGUAUUGUUGUUAUGGAAACUCCUGCAGUUUUAAAGCAUCUGUCUGAAACUUUGCCAUCUGCAGUAGUGAAUGUGUUAUUUCUGAUGGCCUGUGUGUGUGUGUGUGUGCGUGCGUGUGUAAGAGGUUGAAUUGAUCCACAGGUUAUGCUAGUGUGUAUACAUGAUAUUUGCUCUAGGUGGCAACUGAUCUCAAUGAAAGGAAAUUCACUUUGUCAUGUCAUGAAUGUGUCUGAAAAAAAAAAAAUUUGAAUAGCACUUUCAGGAGAUCAUAAAAGAGGGAUGAAGAAUGUCCACGUCAGUUUCCUCUCUAAAGUGCCCAUGUCUGCAGAACACAGGUUUUAUUUUUGCGGAGUUGAUCUAUGCAAUAUAAAUGCUAUAUAUAUAAUUUGUUUUGUUUUUUUUCACUAGUGCUUGUGUUUUUAUUUCGUCUUCAUUUCAAUAAGGAUCUCUUUUAAUAAAAUAACAUCAUGUUAA